UCUGGCCGUAUCGACCUCCUAUUUCAUUGCUUGGAGGCUUGAAGGCGAGAGCCAUUAUUUAAGGAAAAAGAAGAAGAACUUUCCUUGGUGUGGUAAGAGCUUACCAGUUGCGCCAGAUGGCUCUACCGUCGAGUGCUACAAGCGGGUUGAAAAUGGCAUCACUGGUUACUGGUGCUGAAACGGUUUCUUCUGAGCAGGAUAAAAUUAGAAAGUCCUUACAUGAACUUCAGCCCUCAGCUACUGAUAAAGAAACUUUGGUUGGUGCUGAUAGAAUGAUCAAAUCUACUCAACGAACAAAAGAAGUAAAAUCAAAAAAAAAUGUGCCUAUAAAAAUGAAAAAAGAUACUUCCAAAAAUCAAACAAAAGUGACAACCAGCAACAGAGCUGUGCAAACUAUAAAGGAGGAAAAUAGAGAAAUUAAUGCUGAGGAUCUAACAUGUACAGAUAUAGCUGGUCCAAGUGAAAAUUACUGGCAAGUCCUAGCUGAAAAGAGACGAAUAGCUCUUAAGGAUGCUUUAAAAGAAAAUAAAGAAUUUGCAAAAUGUAUCGAAAAGUUAAAAGAAGAAAAUCAUGUUUAUAAUCAAAUGUUGGAUGAAGCAAGAGCACUUAUUGAAGUGUUACAAGACAUGAUGGAAGAUGAUAGAAACGAUAUAAAUAAUUCAUUGGAAGACAGUGUCCUUUAAUUUAUAAGUUUUUUUUUAAUUAUAA